UCGUGUACUGCUAGCCUAGUGCAAAUAGACAACCAUGUUUUUGUCUAGCAGACUGGGAAUACUUAGAAGACAUGGUAUUUAUCUAAAGUACAAACAGGCUCCAUGUAGUGCCAGUUUUGCAUCUAAAGUUCCAUUAGAUGAAGACUGGAAGAAAGAAGCAGCCAAGGAGCUUAAGGGUAAAGAUGUUGAGAAAACUCUGAUCUGGAAGACUUCAGAGGGCAUAGAUAUCAAGCCAGUAUAUACGAAAUUAGAUACCGCCAAUGUUGCCUCAGAAAUCCCAGGAAGGUUCCCAUACACACGAGGGGUGUACUCAACAAUGUACACCCACAGGCCUUGGACCAUCAGACAGUAUGCAGGGUUCAGCACAGUUGAAGAAAGCAACAAAUUUUAUCGGGACAACAUUAAGGCAGGCCAGCAGGGACUGAGUGUUGCUUUUGAUUUGCCGACACACAGAGGCUAUGAUUCAGACAACCCUCGAGUUGUGGGCGAUGUGGGCAUGGCAGGAGUGGCCAUUGAUUCAGUGGAAGACACAAAGCUCCUGUUUGACGGCAUCCCCCUUGGCAAAAUUUCCACUUCAAUGACCAUGAAUGGCGCGGUGCUUCCCAUCCUGUCAAUGUACAUUGUAGCCGGGGAGGAGCAGGGUGCCAAGCAGGAGGAUCUGGCUGGAACCAUACAAAAUGACAUAUUGAAAGAAUUUAUGGUGCGAAACACAUACAUCUACCCACCUGAGCCUUCAAUGAAAAUCAUUGGGGAUAUUUUUGAAUACACAUCCAAGCACAUGCCAAAGUUCAACUCCAUAUCCAUCUCAGGCUACCACAUACAAGAAGCAGGAGCUGAUGCUAUUUUAGAAGUGGCCUUCACCUUGGCUGAUGGCUUAGAAUAUGUACGACAAGGUGUUAACAGGGGUCUGGAUAUUGAUAAGUUUGCUCCACGCUUGUCUUUCUUUUGGGGAAUUGGGAUGAACUUUUAUAUGGAAAUAGCUAAGAUGAGGGCAGGGAGAAAACUCUGGGCUACACUGAUCAAGGAGAAAUUUAAGCCCAAAUCCUCAAAAUCUCUUCUACUGCGAGCCCAUUGUCAGACUUCUGGAUGGUCCUUAACUGAACAGGAUCCUUACAACAACAUAGUGCGCACAACCAUUGAGGCCAUGGCUGCAGUGUUUGGUGGCACCCAGUCCCUACACACCAACUCUUUUGAUGAGGCUCUUGCUCUACCCACAGUCUUCAGUGCCCGCAUUGCCAGGAACACGCAGAUCAUUUUACAAGAAGAGUCUGGCAUUCCAAAGGUUGCCGAUCCUUGGGGUGGGUCCUACAUGAUGGAGAGCCUGACCAAUGAGAUUUAUGAUGCAGCUUUGGCAUUGAUUAAUGAGAUAGAGGAGAUGGGAGGUAUGGCCAAAGCUGUAGCUUCAGGAAUGCCCAAACUCAAAAUAGAAGAAUGUGCUGCUCGGAGACAGGCUAGGAUUGAUACUGGGGCUGAGGUGAUUGUGGGGGUGAACAAGUACAGAUUACCUCAGCAGGAAAAGGUGGAUGUCCUCAGCAUUGACAAUUCAGCAGUCAGGGAAAAACAGUGCGCCAGGUUGGCCAAAGUCAGAGCCACGCGGGACAGUCAAAAAGUGAAGGAAAUCCUAGAUGCCAUCACACAGUGUGCCAGAUCUGGAGAAGGAAACUUGCUGGCUUUGAGUAUUGAAGCAGCUAGGUGUAGAGCCACAGUAGGGGAGAUCUCGGAUGCUAUGGAAGUGGUAUUUGGAAGACAUGUGGCUAGUGAUCGAAUGGUCAGUGGCGCUUAUAAAAAUGAGUUUGCUGAAGCGGAUGAACUUCAGGUUGUGAUUGACAGAGUCAAGAAGUUCCAAGAAAUUGAGGGUCGUCGACCUCGUAUGCUGGUAGCAAAAGUGGGCCAAGAUGGACAUGAUAGAGGUGGUAAAGUAAUAGCCACUGGGUUUGCUGACAUUGGAUUUGAUGUGGACAUUGGUCCUCUCUUUGCUACACCUAAAGAAGCAGCCCAGCAAGCCAUUGAUGCUGAUGUUCACAUUGUAGGAGUUAGCUCUCUUGCUGCUGGACACAAGACUCUGAUUCCAGAACUAAUUAAAGAACUGAAAGCCAUGGGACGGCCUGAUAUUAUUGUUGUAGCUGGAGGUGUCAUACCCCCUCAGGAUUACGACGAGCUCUAUAAAUCUGGAUGUUCUGCCAUCUUUGGUCCAGGAACCAGAAUCCCUGAUGCAGCAUUAAAACUGAUUGCCCUUCUAGAAGAGGAAUUGUCCAGCAAGAAUAAAACAGAAUCCACACAAAGACUCAAGUAACCCAAUAUUAGUGAUAUUAUGUGCAUUUUUCUUUAUUUGUAAUAAAUUACAUUAAUUCAUAUUCCAUGCUGAUUGAUGUCAAAAAAAUGUAGAAAUUGUUCAGAUUUUAGUCUAUUUUAUAGAAAUAUCUUUAUCUUUCUUUUUUUGAAAGUGACCUCUCAUAUUAGAUGACUCACAAUCAGUGAGGUGUUAAGGGGUUUUAACCUAUCCAGUUAAAUCCCCAAAAUGAUGACUGUCUUAUAGGUUUAGUCAUAAGACAUUCUGCUUUAAUCUUGAAUACUGGAGUAUCAUGAAAAAACAACCUUGAUGGUUGUACACAUGAUUUAGACACCAGUGAAUAUUAUGAUUUAGGCCAGUGAGAUCCGUUAGAUAUUAUAGUUCUUCAUGUAACACAUUGCAUAUUCCAGAAAUGGUUGGUUCCUGUUCAUUUUAAAUAUUUAUUGUAAUCAGUUUAAAGUUGCCUCCUAGCCAUUUGGAGUCACUCAUUGGGUGUACAUCAUUUUGAAAACCGCUAAACUUUUAAAAUGUUAGCAAAUUCAGUUUUAUUUCUGAAAAUUUGAUUCAUUUAAAAAAUGUCUUUGUAUAAACUACUGUGUAAAUAAAUGUUUUCAAUUGUUGAGAAUUGAACAAUGUUUAAA